ACAUAGGAUUGUAAAAGAAGAAGAGCCAUUCUAUUUAUAACUAUUUUACAUGCUAAAACAUUAUUCUUUAUGCAUUCUAAUUUAAUGUGUUAAUAUGCUAAAACAAAUAUUUAUUUGUAUGAAAGUAAUAUAAAUGGAAUUAUAAGUGUGUAUUUUACAGACGAGUUCUAUUGCAUAUACAUGGAAUUAAAGAGGCACAUUUGAACGACGAAUCCGAUUUGAACAUGAAGUGUAGUGUACAACGGGUCGUGAAAAAAAGAAUCAGAGAUAAGUGUUCACCAUAUUAAAUCGCAAAAGAUUACCAGUAGGCCUCUAUACACUUGAGUACAGUGCUAUUAACGCAAAGAUGUGUCUGUAGAAGAAGUUUUGCAUAACAGUCCAAAGAGGAAGUAGAAAAAUAUACAUUUAUGCAUUAACAGUUUAAGUAAAGAGCAGAGAAUUAUACUAACUUACUUACUCAGUUUGAUUGUCCAAAGAAGCAAAAUACUUUUGGUUUUGAUGUUCAUAUAUUUCUUCAAGAUUGUUAAUAGUAGAUGAUCUAGAAUAUAUCAGUACAUUUUUUUGUUUGUUUCGAAAUUAGACUUUGCGGGGGGUUAUCGGUAAUAUUGAAAUCAAUCAUUGGUUUGAUAACAGUGUUUACAGUAUUUUUUAUAGUUCUGGUAAACUAUUAAAUGAUUUAAGUAAAAACAUCCGUAUGAAUAAAAAUAUGAUAGAUACCAUGAUUUAAAGUUCGGACGUCAGACACGCGUUUCGUCUACAAAAGAUUUAUUAUCCUUUUAUGUUUUAAAUAUCAAUAUAAGCAUGUUGCGACAAAUUCGGUUAAGAAAUUUUGUCAAAUUUAAUGGCAGCAGAGAACAAAGGUUAGACUUUCCGACAAAUGGUGUCUAUAUAUUCAUAGGUGAAAAUAAUGCAGGUAAAAGCUGUAUUUUUGAAGGAAUAAGAAGGUGUAUGCAAACUGAGUUGAACGAUACAGUGUCAGCAAGACACAAUUCUGACAAUAUAUCUUAUGUUAUUUGUAAGUUCGAAAAGGCAAAUUCUGACAUGCUGACAUCAUGUUUUAUUUCGUACAAAGACGGCACUGAUGCAACCAUUCGCAAAAUAGUUCUUAACAAGAGUGAUGAUGGAAAUAUUAUUACUCAUUCCAUCAGUCGCAAAAUGGACAGUAGAUGGGGGUCAUUUAAAGAAGUAACUUUGUCAGAUGACAAAGAUAGACUUCAUAAAAUAUGCUCUCAACUUUUGGAUGUCAAAAACAAAGACGAAAUCGAUUUAACUCACUUCAUUGAAUUCUGCAAAACCCAUAUAAGUGAUAACAAUGACAUUCGAAUCUUUGAUCGAGCUUUCGAAAAUAUAAAUUUUGAAACAAUUUUUGCUAACAGAGGCAUAAGUCCUAUUCAAACUUCUUGCCAGAUACCCUUGAUUGAAAAUCAAAACAUAUACAAAAGUUCAAACGAUCUGGCAUACGUGAUAAAAACCUAUUUAAAUGACCCCGAUGAAAGUACAGCUGACGGUAGUGAAUCACAUUACUUCAGAUGUUUGACAGAACCCCAAUCAUACAAAUUUGAGUUCAAAGAUAAUACCAAUAAAACAGAAAUAAUGGUAACGAGCAAUAACGAUGAUAAACCAUUUCCGAUACUCAAAGCUCCGGAAGGUAUCUUAGAAGCCAAGAUGAUGUCGAUUACAUUAUCGAAUAAAAGAACAACGACUCUACUCAUUGACGAACCAGGAAGGGGAAUGCACCCGUCAAUGAUUGACUGUUUACGAGAUUUAGUCUUGUAUGAUGUCAACAAAAACCAAGUGAAGACUGUUAUAUUCACCACUCAUAAUCAAAGAUUUAUUUGCCCCUGGACAUUUGAGAACAUAUUUUAUUUCUACUCUUGUGAAAGCGGGUCUAAAGUUGUACAUUUAGAACAUGCAAUUAAGAAAAAUGAGGUUGAUAAAAAGGAAUAUUUAUGGAGUGAUCAGGUGAGUCCUAUCUUGUUUUCAAAACGUGUAAUUAUGGUGGAAGGAGAAGACGAUAUUAGAUUUCUAAGUACCUUAAAAAAUGUUCUGUUAACAGAUGAGAUAAGACGAUGGUUAGUUUGUAAGGAAGAUCCUGAGACUGAUCUUAAAUUGAGAAAAUUUUUAAUAUCUUUGCAUAUUGUCGCUAUGGGAGGCAAAGGUUCGGCCAAGGGAAUAGAGCCUCUGUGUAAGGCUCUCAAUCUCACUCAGAGAAAACUGCGUUACUAUUUGUUUGAUAGUGAUGCACUUAAGACAAUAAAAUCUUCUAUAAUGAAAACUGAAUUAAAUAAGUCUGAUAUUGAGAAUCAAAAACUAGAAAAAUUAGAAGAACAUGGUAUUUUUGUUUGGUUCGGUUACACCGAUGGAAUUGUAGAAAAAUUCGAAAAGCUAUCAGUUAUUGAUUUAUCCAAUUAUGGCAGAUUGGAAGAUGCAUUACUUGAGUUUUGCAAUACGCAUGAUAAGAUUCAUCAUGACCAAAAUAACAGAAAUUGCAAACUAAAGGAUUGUAAAGGUAUGAACAUAUUUUUGAAGCAACUAGGAUUAGAUGUUGCUGAUAACAGAAAUCCUAACAAAAAAAAACCCAUUGAGCUAAAAAACAUCGAUUACUUACAAUUAAGAGACCUCACUACACGAAUAAUAGAUGUAAGCAUGAGACACGGGGAUGGUUGUUCCUACAGGGAUACACACUUCAUGUGUCCUUUCAAACGUCUUUGGCAGUUCCUCAUCAACCAGGCAAAAUAAUCGUACAUAGGUAAAUGUAAUCAAAAUAUUCCUGUCGAUUAUUCUUCGUCAAACGAUGUUUAAAUUUCAACCGAAUUAUUUUUGCAGUUAAAAAGGAUAAUUAUUAUGACACGUUUUUGGAAACUUUUAGGAGCAUAACACAAAUAAAAUAAUUAGCAGAAGAGUAAAACCGUUCUGACAACACCUUUACCUAGGAAAGAUUAUUAGUUUACUAGUGUUUGAUAUAUAGUUUCAGAAUACUUAAACUGACAUUGUUGAUCAAACUGUAUCACUUGAAUCAACACACUACAGAAUCACCAGCUAUAAUAUUGAUUUCCAUGCGCAAGAUAAACAAAGUUAUGACAAAUGCUGUUAGUCAAGAUUAGUUGCACUGAUGAUUCAAUGAUUUGAAAUCAAAAGUCACUGAUCGUAUACAGCAAAUACAAGUACAUAUUUUUUGGCAUAUUUUUUCUAUUACUCAGUGUCAUUUAGGUCAUUUGGUUUCUGUGUCCGCGUCACGAUAUGUUCACGUCGACCUCUUAUCUCUUAAAAAACAAUUUAUGUCUGAUACAUUUUCACCUGUAUAUGGUAUAGUGUUACAUUAGGGAAUGACCAAAAUAGUGUCUAGGAUAUUUUUAAGACAAACGCGUUUAUUGCUUGAAUCAUUAUCAUAUUAUUAGAUUGGUGUAUAACCUGUGUUUAGUUCUAGAAUCAUUAUCAUUGUCUAUUCAUGUAAUAAUUAAUAUUAAAUUUUACACAGAGUUUUUCAUUUUCCUUUUUAAUCACUGUAUUUAUCCAAUAUGAGCACGUUAAUGUUUUCUUCUUUUAGUGUACUUGAUUAUUACUUGACGAUAUUGCUAACAAUAUUUGAAUAAUUAAAAUUUGUUAAGAGUUUGAAAUACAUUGUACACAUUUGUAAUGCUACACUUAUACAUUUGAUAUAUAAAAGGAGAAUUUAUGAUAAAUGUUCAAAUUUGUACUAAAACUAAUUAUAUUUCAAUUUUUGUUUUGGCUCCUUAAAUCCGAAAAUCAUGAAGAUAUAUUCAUAUCAUUCAAUAUUUUAAUAUUUGGUCAAUUUAUAGGACCAAUAAGUACCUUCUCUUUUACAACUGUUUAUACAUUUCUAAGUGCUCAAUGUUUGAGAAAAAACAAAUGCGACAUUGAUAAAUAUGUUUGUAAUAUCAAAACAUGAUCAAUAAAUUACAAAUGUAUUGUAAGAUUUGUUUCUCUUAUCUGAUUAUGCAAAUUCAAAUAUAAGAGCUGGUUUAAUUGUAGUAUUUCAAUGUAAAAUAAACCCAGAACUUGUGUCUGCAAACAAUCGAAUAUUCGUUAUAACAAAUCAUAGUAACUAUUAUAUGUUCUUAUUUUAAACACUGAAAAUACAAAAUAAAAUCAAAAGUUCAAAACAUGA